CCCUCACCACUCUUACUCAUUCCCCACCCGUCGUCACGCGCAGCCAGAUCCGCCCGACGCCGCCUCCUCUCCAUCCCGCCCGGCGGCGCCCGCCCACCGCUGCCCCAACGGCCCCGCGCUCCUCCUCCUCCUCCUCCUCAACCGCCCGCGAGCCGCCUCCUCCUCACCUGCACGCGCACCGCCGCCUUAUCCGCUCGGGCGCCGCCACUCCGAUCCACGGCUCGGCGCCACCCCCAUCUUCCGCGAGCCCGCGGGCCGUCCCCAUCGGGCGGCCGCCAACACCUCCCGAUCCGCCCGCACUCCGCCGCCCCUCCUUGCGCUGGGCGCUCGCUGGAGGAAGAGGUCGCCGGCUCACUGGGCUGCUCGCCGUUGAAGCUCUCGCGGCCGCUCGUCGGAGGAGCUCGCGCAGCAGGCAGCGGCAGCACAGCAGGGGCAGGCAGCUUGCGGCGGCGGCAGCAGCGCAGGGCAGGUCAGUUUUAUCGAGGGAUUCUACCGACCCUCGCACGCGCACACACCGAGGCAGCAGCUUCAUGGCCGCCGGCGAUGCCUCCGCCACCUCCUCCUCUGCAACUCCUUACCCCGACCGCCUCCGCGAAGCACUCGACGUCCUCUCCCAGGCAUGCGAAUCCGGCGUCUGCGAUGCUUUGGAAGCCGCCUCUUUCACCGUCUCCGAGAUUGUUGACGCCGCCGCCGCCACGAGUGCCGAGGCCGAUGACGGGAGGGACGACGGCGACGCCACGGCGGCGGCCAGGGUCUCUGAGGAGAUGCUCCGCGAGGUGCACGAGUUCCUCUCUCGUCCGUCUUCGAACCAGAUGGCCAUUGACGCGCUGUCGCUUGUGCUCCCCAAACAUGUGGCGAAGCUGGGAGCUCAAAUAGGGGGAUGCUGGGACCUUGCCGCCGCUAUCCUCAAGUUCUUCGUGAUGAAUUGCAGUCCGAGGGACAUGCUCUCCAUCCUCUGUGAGGCAUUAGAUGCGGCAAUGGACGUACCUAAUGACUCAUCCAGCUUUGUUCUUCUACUCAAUGCACUUGCUAAAGUGCUUACUUUAAUUCAGAGGCGGCAUAUCGAGCAAGUAAAGGUGGCGCUUCCUGUUGUCCUUAAAGUUAUGUGUACUACUGUACAAGAAUGUGAUGAGGAACAUGGAAAUGCUGUUGUUGAUCUUUUCAAUGCAGCACAUGAAAUUGGCAAUGCCAUUCAAGAAAUGUGCAAAGCAGUGGUCAAUAAGAACAAAGACCUCUGUGCAAUUCUUGGCUUAUACUCGCUUCAGAUUAUAGCUCUUGUAUCACAAAGCAGACAGCAGGAUAUUCUCUCUGCUUGCGGUUCAGUUGUUCUUCAGCAUUUCAGAUUUCUUAAAUCUAGUGGAUUCACCUAUCUCGGUCUACUAACUGGUAGUGAUGCCACAGCAGCCACUGAUAAGCUUUCCAAAGAGGACGAUGCUGAAUUUUUAGAGUGGUUUUCUCUUGCUACGGAUGGCACAGCGCUUACAGUUGUGUGGACAUUUAUGUAUGAUGCUAUGUCAAAGUAUGCUGGAGAAGAGUUGGAAUUAGCACUGAAGGAAGUUCAGGGCAACUAUAUGAAGAAAUGGGAAGCAAUUAACAUGCUUAAAUGUGUCCUGUCCUCAAUUAGUUACCCAUGGAUAAUCAAAUCCCACGGUAUCAACUUAUUGCUCAGUCUAACUGGUGAAAAUCAUGUUCAAGAAAUCAACAAUCAUGUAGACUUCACAUUUUAUGUUCCUCGUACUUUUGCAACACUCAAGGCCAUUGAAAGCGUAAUGAUGGGUGCCCCUGAGGCAUUGAUGCGGAAAAAAGCUUUUGCUGCUUUGAAAAAGGUUAUUUCAAUGGUGCCCUCAUCUCAGAGAUUCAACAUCUUACAAGCUCUUCUAAGCAAUAGCAUGUCGCCAUCCUUGACCGCAAUUCUCCUAGAUCUAGUGAGGGACGAAGUUUUGAGAGAGAGUCGUCAAGCUGAAAACGAUUGUGCUGAAUCUGAUGGAUUGCCACCUUGGGCUUCUCAUGCGCUUGAGUUAGUCGAGCUGAUUUUGAGGCCUCCACAAGGUGGCCCUCCGUGCCUUCCUGAUCACAGUGAACAGGUAGUAUCAGCUCUGAACUUGCUUAGAUUUAUCCUGAUAAUAGAUUCAAGAGGACCAAGAUCAGGAAAAUUGUUCCAGAAAGAGACUUUACAGAAGGUGCAUUCGGAGUGGCUGAUCCCAUUAAGGCCAAUUGUCUCGCGAAUUCAGUCAGAAAAUGAAAGGGGUGAUAGUGAGCUUGCAAAUCAGAUCUUGUGCUCGUUAAAUCCUGUUCAACUAGUGUUGUACCGCUGCAUAGAGUUGGUGGAGGAAAAGAUAAAAGGUUGCUAA